AUGGAACGCUUCAUUGACAACUUGCCGCCGAUGGAUCUGAUGCGAUCGGAGAAGAUGACGUUUGUUCAACUCAUCAUCCCGGCCGAGUCUGCUCAGCGUGCCGUUUCGUAUUUAGGCGAACUCGGUCUUCUUCAAUUCAGAGACUUAAAUGCUGACAAAAGUCCUUUCCAGAGAACAUUCGUUAAUCAGGUAAAGCGAUGUGCAGAAAUGUCAAGAAAGCUACGUUUUUUUAAGGAUCAAAUCAAUAAAGCUGGUCUAAUAUCGCCUUCUCGUACUCUAUUGCAACCGGACAUAGACUUGGAGGAUUUAGAGGCACAUCUUGCUGAGCAUGAACAUGAGCUAAUUGAAAUGAACUCUAAUAGUGACAAGCUUCGGCAAUCAUAUAACGAACUUCUGGAAUUCAAGAUUGUUUUACAGAAGGCAUGCAGCUUUCUUAUUUCUAGUCAUGGUCGUGCUAUUUCAGACGAGGUAGAACUACAAGAUAAUAUAUACUCAAAUGAUGACUAUGUUGAAUCAUCAUCUUUGCUUGAUCAGGAAAUGAGACCCGAACCAUCAAAUACGUCUGGUUUAAGGUUUAUCAGUGGGAUAAUUUGUAAAUCCAAGGCUCUUAGGUUUGAAAGGAUGUUAUUUCGUGCUACAAGAGGCAAUAUGCUUUUCAAUCAUGCACCAGCUGGUGAACAAAUCAUGGAUCCUGUUACAACUGAGAUGAUUGAGAAAACAGUAUUCGUUGUGUUUUUCUCUGGGGAACAGGCAAGAACAAAAAUUCUGAAAAUUUGCGAGGCAUUUGGUGCAAAUUGUUAUCCUGUGCCUGAAGAUAUAAGCAAACAUGGGCAAAUAACUAGGGAGGUUACAUCACGCCUUACUGAUUUAGAGGCAACUUUGGAUGCUGGGAUUAGGCACCGGAACAAAGCACUAGCUUCUAUAGCAGACCAUCUAGCAAAAUGGAUGGACCUGGUAAGAAGAGAGAAGGCUGUGUAUGAUACACUGAACAUGUUAAAUUUUGAUGUCACAAAAAAAUGUCUUGUUGGAGAGGGAUGGUGCCCUAUGAUUGCAAAAACACAGAUGCAAGAGGCACUGCAACGUGCAACUUUUGAUAGCAAUUCUCAAGUUGGCAUAAUUUUCCAUCAAAUGGAUGCAGUGGAAUCACCACCUACAUAUUUUAAGACCAACAGUUUCACAAACCCUUAUCAGGAAAUUGUUGAUGCAUAUGGUGUUGCAAGAUACCAAGAAGCAAAUCCCGCAGUUUACACAACUGUUGUAUUCCCCUUCCUAUUCGCAAUGAUGUUUGGGGACUGGGGUCAUGGAAUUUGCCUGUUGCUGGGAGCAUUAAUUCUUAUAUCACGUGAAAACAAGCUCAGUACACAGAAGCUUGGAAGCUUCAUGGAGAUGCUAUUUGCAUUUCAUUGCCGGGAUACUUCAUGCAGGGAUGCCCAUACCAUUGGCUUAGUCAAAUACCGUGAUCCAUACCCAUUUGGUGUGGAUCCUAGCUGGCGUGGAAGUCGUACAGAAUUAUCUUUUCUGAACUCUAUGAAGAUGAAGAUGUCCAUUCUGUUUGGUGUGGCACAUAUGAACUUGGGAAUUAUAUUAAGUUAUUUCAAUGCUCGUUUCUUUGGAAGUUCAUUGGAUAUAAGGUACCAAUUUGUGCCACAGAUGAUUUUCCUUAACAGUCUCUUUGGAUAUCUUUCCCUUCUCAUUAUUGUUAAGUGGUGUACUGGCUCUCAAGCAGACCUUUAUCAUGUGAUGAUAUAUAUGUUUUUAAGCCCUACAGACGAACUUGGUGAAAAUCAGUUGUUUUGGGGCCAAAGACCACUUCAAAUUGUGUUAUUGCUUUUGGCUGUAAUUGCAGUUCCAUGGAUGCUCUUUCCGAAACCUUUUAUACUAAAAAAGCUUCAUACUGAGCGAUUUCAAGGCCGUAGUUAUGGUAUUUUGAAUAGUUCUGAAAUGGAUCUUGAAGUGGAGCCAGAUUCUGCCAGGGAACAUCAUCAUGAAGAGUUCAAUUUCAGUGAGGUUUUUGUUCACCAAAUGAUUCAUUCCAUCGAGUUUGUUUUAGGUUCAGUUUCUAAUACGGCGUCAUAUCUUCGACUGUGGGCAUUAAGUUUGGCUCAUUCAGAACUUUCUACAGUUUUCUAUGAGAAAGUGUUGCUUCUUGCUUGGGGGUAUGACAAUCUCAUCAUUCGUUUAGUAGGGCUAACAGUUUUUGCCUUUGCAACUGCCUUUAUACUACUUAUGAUGGAGAGUCUCAGUGCUUUUCUUCACGCCCUGCGGCUUCACUGGGUAGAAUUUCAAAAUAAAUUCUACCAUGGUGAUGGCUACAAGUUCAAGCCUUUUUCAUUUGCUUCUUUAACAGAGGAUGAUGAUUGA